AUGGCAGAAGAAAUCAAAAAGUUACCGUUGAUACCUUUUCAUAAGGUAAGUUCGUUAAUCCCAGCCCAGAGCCCAGAACCAUAAUCCAGAGCCCUAGCCCAAAGCCCUAGCCCAGAGCUCUAGUCCAAAGCCCAGAGACCUUAUACCUAGUCUUAACUUUAUAACCAAAUUUUAGUACGAUAUUGGAAACAUAACGUUAACAGCUCUAAUCAGUGGAUACUCAAAACUGACUGCCCUGUGCUCUACUCAACAUGUUGUACUACCUAGCAGUGACCCACUACUUAACAUUAGUGCUAAGAAAGCUGCUGAAGAAUUGAGAAAAAGAAACGUAUGUUAAUAGUUUUCAACGAUGAUUGACAUUUUUAAGCCUAAAGUGCCACUUGUAAGCCUAAUUCGAAUGUUUUAAGCCUAAAAGGAAAUUUUUAGCUAAAUUGACUGUUUUAAGCUUAAAAUGACAUUAUAACCCUAAAAUGACGCCUUCUAGCUUUAGAUGACAUUUUUAAAUCUAAAAUGACUUUUUUAAGCUUAAAGUAAUAUUAUUAAGCUUAAAACGACAUUAUAACCCUAAAAUGAAAUUUUAAAACCUAAAAUGGCAUUUUUAAAACCAAAGUAACCAUUAAAGCCUAAUGUGACAUUUUUAAGUUUAAUAUGACAUUUAAAGCCUAAAGCGCCGCUUUUAAGUUUAAAAUAAAAUCUUAAAAAAACAUUUUUAAAUCUAAAAUGACAUUUUAAGUCCAAAUUGACAUUUAAGCAUAAUGUGACAUUUGUAAGCCUAAAUUGCAUUUUUAAACCUUAUUUAACAUUUUUAAGCCUAAAAUUACACUUAAAGCCUAAAGCUCUGUUUUUAAGUUUUAAGUGAGACUUCUAAGCCUAAAGUGAUAUUUUAACCUUAACAUGACUUUUUUAAGCCUAGAGUAACACUUUAAGAAUAAACUGCCAUUUUUAAGCCUAUAGUAGCAGUGUUAAGCCUAGUAUGAGUUGAGACAAAUACUCCGCGUAAUAUAAUAUAUUAUAAUAUUUAUUACAAGACCAAUAAUAACAAUGUUGGUAUCAAUCGGAGAGCGGAUAAAGAGACCGACUGGUCAGGAGACGUGCGUUCCAAAUUGACUGCCUGCCACGCGUGCUUUCGGUCCAACGAAGGGAAGAGCGUAAAUUUGCAUAACUGUUCGGUUUAUCACGUGUCCCGAGCGUGGCCCAACUAUGACAUAUUAUUUCGAACCUUUCAGAUAAAAUCAUACAACUUGAUAACAGCCUAUCUAAAACGCAUCUACGACGUCAAUACCUAUAUCAAUGCGGCUACGGAAGUGUUCGAAGCUGAAGCCUUGCAAGCGGCCAAAGAAGCCGAUAUUCUUCUAGAUAGUAUUAGAGAUGACAAAGAAGAACGGAAAAGGUAAGGGAAAUAAGUCAGAAUUUGCAAAAAUUUAAAUGAUUUUUUGGCUAAAAAUGACUUUUACAAAAUUUUAAAUACCCUUGUAGCUAAAAUCCGAAAAACCUCUGUUUGGCCUGCCAAUUUCAAUAAAAUGCAGCUUCGACUACAAAGGACAUAGAAAUGUCUGUGGACUCAACUACAGAAGAGACUUUGCCAUCGCUGAUGAAAACAGCGAGGCGGUGGCACGGUAAGUCAAGCUAAAGCGAAGGCUAGAGCUCGGGGCUAAGACUCUAGGUUUGGGCUAGACGUGAGGAACGGGCCAGACUUGCUUUGACUUAAAUUUAAUAUCGGCCUAAAAAGCCCGGGCUGUUUUUCAGGUCUAGCUAGCGCUUUUGGGCUAGGGCAUUGAAAUAGGGCUUUGGGUUAAAGCUCUGGGCUACGGUUUCUGGACUAGAGCUUCUGGGCUAAGGCCCCUGGGCUAGGGCCUCUGAGCUAGGACCUCUGGGCUAGGGCCUCUGGACUAAGGCCUCUGGACUAGGGCCUCUGGGCUAGGGCUCUGAACCAGUGCUUUAGGUUAGGACUCUGAACUAGGGCUUUAGGCUAGGGCCUCUGGGUUAGGGCUCUGGGCUAGAGCUCUUCGCGAGGGCUUUGGGCAAGGGCCGUAGGCUAUUGCUCUCGGCUAGAACUCUGGGCUAGGGCUUUGGACUAAUGACCUCAAUUUCAGAGUCUUAUCAGCCGGUGCCAUACCAAUCUGCUAUACCAACGUUCCACCGGGCUGUAUGGCAUUUGAAACUGACAAUCCAGUCAACGGUUGCACCUCCAACCCCCAUGACACCCGAAUGACACCGGGCGGAUCAUCAGGCGGGGAGGGGGCUUUGAUUGCGGCUCAGGGAUCGUUAUUUGGAAUUGGUACCGACCUAGGCGGUUCCAUUCGAAUACCAUCGGCUUUAAAUGGCAUUUAUGGCUUGAAGGCUAGUAGGACUUGCCCUUUGGAGGGACAUGUACCUGCAGUUUACCCUAGUAAAGAAAAUGCUGGUUUAUUGGCGAUUGGACCUAUGUGCAGAUAUGUUGAGGAUGCACCUUUGUUGUUCAGUGUAAGUUUUGCUGACUGUGACGUUUUAGGCUUAAAUUUACAUUAUUGUGCCGACAUAAAAACCCGCCAUACUUUACCUGUAAUUACCUGUGAGAAAUGGCGGGUUCUUUAUGUCGGCACGUAAUACUUCAGAGUAUAAUGACCUUUUAGGAUUUUUUAAACAUUGUUUGGGCUUGAACUAACAUUUUUAGGCUUAGAAUGACACUUUUAAAAUAAAAACAACAUUUUUAGGCUAAAAAGUGACAUCUUUAAGCUUAAGCUGAAAAUUUUAAGCUUAAUAUAACUUUUGUAAGCCUAAGUUACAUUUAAAGCUUAAAUUCGCAUUUUAAGCGACCAAAGACUUUUUUAGGUCUAAAAUGACAUUUUUAAGCAUAAUGUGACAUUUUUUAAUUUCGAGACGUUUUUAGGUCUAAAAUGACAUUUUUAAGCAUACUGUGACAUUUUUUAAUUUCGAGACGUUUUUAGGUCUAAAUGAAGUUUGUAAGCCUAAAGCUAAUUCUUUUUUCUAAAGAACUAAUUUUAAGCCUAAAGAAACAACAUUAAGACUGAAAUGGCUUUUUUAAACCUAAUUUAUGUUUCUAAAUCUAAAGUGACACUUCUAAGCACAAGAAGACAUUUUUAAACCUAUUUUUAAGCCUAAAGUAACUUUUACAAGCCUACAAUGACAUUUUUUAACCUUGAGUGACAUUUUUAGUUAUAAGUGAAUAAGUGAAAUUGUAUCAUAAUGCAACAUUUUUAAACUAAAAUGUCAUUUUUACAUUAAAACUGACACUUUUACAUUUAACGUGGCAUUUUUAAGCAUGAGAUAACAUUUUUAAGCCUAAGGGUAUGUUUGUAAGCCUACAUCAAAUUUUGAAACUUAAACUAUAACUUCUAAGCCUAAUUUGAUAAUUUAAUGUUUAAAACAACUUUCGUAAGCCUAAAUUAUAGUUUUAAGCCUAAAGUGACACUUAUAAGCUCAAGAAGGCAUUUCUAAGCCUAAAUUGACAUCUUGGAGCCUAAAUUAACUUUUGCAGCCUAAAAUGACAUUUGUAAACCUAAAAUGACAUUUAAGGUCUUAAAUGACAUAUUUAUUAUUAUGUCACAUUUUUUAAACUCACAAUGACAUUUUCUAUCCUAUUCCGGGUCCUAAACCAAGUCCAAAUUCCAAAAAACUUCUUCCAUCUCAAGCCUACCUUAAUAUGCUAUAGCACACCAGAUUCAAAGCCAAUAGUCAAAGUUGAAGAGGUAGUAAGAGAACAUGUCUACUUUGUAGCUGAUUAUCUGGCAGUAGAAUAUAAUGUUGAUAAGAUGGAACUUGACUUUGGCAAAGAUUUACUGGAAAUAUUCGUCAUGUUCUUCUAUGCUUAUGUUCAGCCACAUUUGGAUGUGCUGGGUCUUCUCAAUCCGGUACGAAUAUAAAAAAAAUGUCAUUAUACCGUAUGAUGACAUUUUUUUUUGUUUUUAUGACAUUCUGGACCUUGAACUAACAUUUUAAGUUCAACCUGACAUUAUUUAUCCGGACUUACACUUUUAAGCCUACAUUGCCCUUUUAAGUUUAAACCGACACUUUUAAGCUUACAGUGACAUUUUUUACUCAAUGCGACAUUUUAAAGCUUACAGUGACAGUUUUAAGCUUAAACUGGCAUUUAUAAGCCUAAAGUGACAUUUUCAAGCCUAAAUGGACAUUUUUAAGCCUAAGAACAGUUUUAAGCAUAAAUGACAUUUUUAUGCUUUAAGUGACAUUUUUAAGCCUACGUGAAAUUUUUAAGCAUAAACUGACUUUUAUAAGCCUAAAUUGACAUUUUCAUGCCUAAAGUGACAUUUUCAAGCCUAAAUGGACAUUUUUAAGCCUAAGAACAGUUUUAAGCCAAAAUGACAUUUUUAUGCUUUAAGUGACAUUUUUAAGCCUAAAUGGACAUUUUUAAGCCUAAGAACAGUUUUAAGCCAAAAUGACAUUUUUAUGCUUUAAGUGACAUUUUUAAGCAUAAACAGACUUUUAUAAGCCUAAAUUGACAUUUUCAUGCCUAAAGUGACAUUUCCAAGCCUAAGAACAGUUUUAAGCUUGAAAUGACAUUUUUCAUUUAAGGUGACAGUUGUAAGCUUAAACCGACAGUUCUAACUCUCAACUAACAUUUUUUGGUUUGAAGUGACAUUUCUAGUUGAAAAUUACAUUUUUUAUCCGAAUUUACCGUUCUUAGUUUAUAAUGACAUUUUAAGCCUAAUUAUGACACUUUCAGAAAAGAAAACUAAGUCCAUUCAAAGAAUUUUUCAAAAUAUUAUUCCAAGCUUCUGAUAUCGCCUUCACUAAUCUACCUAUAAUCUACGCUUCAAACCAAAGUUUGCCUGUGGAAACUGUCGCUGAAGCUGAAAGGCAAAUGAAGAUGAUUAAAAAACAUGUAGAAGAUACUUUGGAAAGUGAGUCUUAAAGGAUUGAAUUGGCAUAUUUGAGUCAUGGUGACAUAUUUUUUCAAGUUUGUUUUUUAUUUUGGUUUCUUUUGACAUUUGAAUUUUAAAAUAGCAUUUUAAAGUUCAAAAUGACAUUUUUAAGCCUAUAUCUUAAAUCUAAAACGACAUUUCUAAGCUUAAAGUGACAUUUUAAAGCCUAAACUGACAUUUAUACGCCUAAAGUAACAUUUUCAACAUUAAAAUUACAUUUUUAAACUAUGAAUAACAUUUUAAGCCUAAAGAAAAAGUUUUAGUUACAUAGUGACAUUUUUAAACUUAAAGUUUCGUUUUGAGCCAAAAAUGACAAUUUUAAGCCUAAAGUGACAGUUUUAAGUCUAAGGUGGCAUUUUUAAACCUAUUGGGACAUUUCUAUACUUAUAUUGAACUUUUAAGCCUAAAGUGACGUUCUGAGCCAAAAAUGACAAUUUUAAGCCUACUGUGACCUUUAUAAAAUUAAAUUAAUCUUUGAAGCCUAAAUUGAUGUUUUGAGCCAAAAUUUACAAGUUUAACCUAAAUUCAAAUUUUUAAGCCUAAAGUGACAUUUUCAAACCUACUAGGACAUUUCUAAACUUAUAUUUUACUUUUACGCUUAAAGUGGCGUCUUGAGCCUAAAAUAACAAGUUUAAGCUUAUAGUAACCAGUUCUAUAUUAAAUCGCCAUUUUAAACAACAAAAAACCGUCGCAACGUAUUCUACCUUCAGAUAAUGGCAUCCUGGUCUUUCCGGGUCUUCCAAACACCCAUUAUUCCACAAUGCUAUUAUUACCCCGCCCAGUUUAUACACCGCCAUCUUCAAUGGACUUAGCUUGGCCACACUGA